UCCCUGCUGGGUGGACUGGGAGCACUGCAAAUGCCCCCCCUCCCCUUUCCUGUAGCCCUGAGUUGUCUUCACCCACCGUCCGUCCAGCACGGGUUUGCCCCCACCACCCACCGUCUGCUUCUGGGGCUCCUCCAACAGCACCUUUUGGGGGGAAUGGGGAUUAGGGGGACCCCAAGAACCCCCCCCGGCAUCUUUCCAUGAGAAAAGGCCCAUCCCCCCAGUGGGACAUCUGCAUCACAGCUCCUCCUCCUUCCUGGAAUGUUUCCUCCGGCGAUAAACAGCAGCUUUUGCCAAGAGCUGUCGGAGGGAAGAGAAACCACCAUUUUUGUGAGGAGCAUCCUUGCAGACCACUGGGGCUGGAGGAGAACCUGGCUGGUUCUUGGGGUCUUCUUGACCAAGCUGACCUUGGUGGUGGUGGAGUUGAGGGACAUGCUCGUCCCUGGAGGGUCCUUCUGUCCCCUUGGCAGCCCCAGAGAUGGCAGAAGCUCUUGGUGAUGCAGGUGAAGGCUCACCCGUGAUGAUGCCAUCGCAGCAGAGAGCGGUGGACGAAGGGACCAGCAGGUGAAGACUCCCCAGUAAUGCUGCCAUCACAGCAGAGAGUGGUGGACGAAGGGACCAAUUUUAGCCUCAAGUGCCUUAAAGACAAGAAGGUCCCCAUUGGGGUCACCCUGGUGGUGGUGGUGUUGCUUCUCAUCAUCAUCGCCCUGGCGGUUAAAAAAUGCCCGUCCUGCCCAUCCUGCCCCUCUCCCGUCCUUCCCAGCUGCCGGGAAAAGGGGAUCGGCUUCGGGGAGAAAUGUUUUUACUUUGUGGAGGAGGAAGCGGAUUGGAACGGGAGCGAAAGCUCUUGCCUUGCUCUCGGAGCCCAUUUGGCCACUAUCGACACCCGGGAAGAGCUGCGUUUCCUCCUGCGCUACAGGAGUUUCUGGCACUAUUGGGUUGGCCUCUGGAGGGAAAGUUCUGGACCUUGGAAAUGGUUUAAUGGGUCUCUCUACAAUAAUAUGUUCGAUGUCCAGGGCACAGGACAAUGUGCUUAUGUCAACACAGACGGGAUCAGCAGUGACUGGUGCUCCCAGAUGAAAUAUUCUGUCUGCAGCCAACUGCAAAGGCACCCCAUCAGGAUCCAGAAUUUCACUUGAAACCUCUCCCUCCACAGAGGAAAUCAACCACAAGCUGCUACUAACCCUCCCUCAGGUAGCAGUGAGUGUCCAACCAGCAAACAGCUGCUCUGGGCUGUGUUUUGGCACAUGUCCCACAUGACAUCCUGGUCUCAAAACUGGAAAGACAUGGAUAUGAUGGAUGGACCACACAGUGGAUCAGGAACUGGCUGGAUGGUGGCACUCAAAGGGUUGCGGUCAACGGCUCCAUGUCCAAGUGGAGGCCAGUGAUGAGUGGUGUUCCUCCAUCAGCGACCAGUGUUGUUCAUCCAUCUUUGUUGGAGACAUGGACAGUGGGAUUGAGGGCACCCUCAGGAAUUUUGCCAAUGACACCAAGCUGAGUGGGGCGGUGACACGCUGGAGGGAUGGGGCCCAUCCUGAGGGUCUUGGAAAGAUGGGACUGUGUAAAACCUCAUGAAGUUCAACCAGGUCAAGUGCAAGGUCCUGUAUGUGGGUUGGGGCAAUUCCAGGCACAAAUCCAGGCUGGGCGGAGAAUGGCUGGAGAACAGCCCUGAGGAGAAGGACUUGGGGGUGUUGGUGGAUGAGAAGCUCAACUGAGCCAGCAACAUGCUCACAGCCCAGGAAGCCACUGGCGACGUGGGCUGUAUCAAAAGAAGUGUGGCCAGCAGGGAAAUGAGGGCAAUUCUGCUCCUCUGCUCCACUCUUGUGAGACCCCACCUGGAGUCCUGUGUCCAGCUCUGGAGUCCUCAGCACAGAAAGGACAU